CUCCACAAAAUUUAUAAUGCAAGAUAACCACCUAGCGGCGCAACCUUACUAUCGCACUCGGGUAAAAUAUUUGCAGAGAGUAGAUAUGGCUUUGCUUCAGAUUGCUGUGAUUUUGACUGGAGCCUUUGUCUGCGUUUUAACAGAUUCGUGUUCUGGGAGAUGCGGACAGGGUGUGAACGCUGCAUACAGCUGCCAGUGUAACUCGGCGUGCACGAGAUAUGGAGACUGUUGCUCAGAUUACUCUGCCGUUUGUCUUGGGGCAACAUGUUCCGAUCGAUGUGGACAGUCUGCCGAUAUGACAAGACCGUGCCAAUGUAACUUGCCGUGCUUGACUUACAAUGACUGUUGCGACGAUUACCAGGCACUCUGUGUUGAUGGAAUUAGCAGUGGUGGUGGAGGAAGCCCUACAGAUCCAUUGAGCGCAGUGAUGAACGAUAUCUGGGACAGUGACACAAACCGCCUCACUUCGUCAGAGGUUGUAAUCAACACUGCUGGAAAUAAGCUAUUUACCAGCGUUACCGAAGACAAGUUUUCCCUUCCGACGUUUCAAGCGUUCAUCAAUCUCCUAAAUAACUAUGAGCGGAAGAUUGGGGUCGCCGAAAUCCUGCUGGAAAACAGUUAUCAAGAGAUAGAGACUUUUCUUGACGCCGUUCUAGCAACAGAAACAAUGGCUAUAGCCAACGUCUAUCUCCUUAGCAAUGGAAAGGUCGGAACAAGCCCAACGGCAUUUAGAGACACACUGAAAGAACUGUGGUUCAACCUGUACUCGAGAUCCUCCAGUCAGAGUUUUGAUGACAGUUCUGGGUUCGAACAUGUGAUGGUUGGAGAACUUAAGGGCAGUACUGUGUCGGGAUUCCAUAGCUGGAUUCAGUUUUAUCUUGAAGAGAAAGCUGGAAGUCUGACAUAUACAUCAAUGGCAUCCCAAGCAGAGCCUAACAUGAAAGGUGCCGCGUUUACCUGGUAUGGGGGAUCGAAAUCCAAAGGGUCAUUCUUCCUGGGAACAAGUCCCGAGUUCGACAUGGCUCUGUACUCGAUCUGUGCUCUGAUGUACCCCAAUGCGCGCUGCAACUUCACUUUGAAAGGCAACAGUGUGUCUGUGCAGACCUGGGAUAUCGGCCAUAAACCCGGAAGUCAGAUUGGCUCCGCUUAUCCGGCAAUUUAAAGAAAGCUUCGCUGACAGUUUUUGUUUGAUCUAAUCAGCUGAAUAACAUUUAUUAUUCAGACGUGUUGAUAGUUCAGCCAGACGUUAACAUUACUAACAAUGAAAAUAGUAUUUGUCUUAUUCCAUUUAUUCUGUGAAUAAAACGCUAUGAUUUACA